AUGACUGACCGAACACGAUCAUCAAUACAAAACAUAUCUUGUCUUCGUUCAAAUUCAUGUCGUGAUAGUAAAGAUAAAGUUACUCGAACAGUUAGUGCUUUACAUCGACAAACAGUUGAUCGUGCUCAAAAUCGUUUUGAACGACAAUUAGUUAAAAGUCAACGUGAAAUAAAAUUGGCUACGAAUCAACGACGUGAUUAUUCAUCAUCACCUGCUGAAAAAAUUCAAGUAAAACAAUAUCAUGAAAAUCUUCGAACAACACUUAAUAAUGAUUAUGUACAACUUAUUCAAAUACAUAAUAAAUUUCAUACAGGCUUAUGUUCAUGA